AUGGUGAACUGGAAGAACCCCGAAUCGACGGAUCGCCUCAUCGCGGCGUUGAUCGCUGCCCAUCCUGCCGUGAAGCUAGAGUACCAAGCUAUGGCGACAUACUUCGGCCAAGGAGCCACCUACGACUCCAUCGAAGGCCGAUUCCGUCGUUAUCGAAAACUCGCUGAAGACCUGCGAACUGAAGCUCGCAACCGCGGCAUCACAGACAUCCCUCGCAGUGCUCGAUCGGGUGCAUCGACACCACGAACUCCACGUGGACCUCGAGGCGUGACCAAGGUGUCGUCAGCGUCGUCAGGCAGAGGCAAAGACGCCGGUCGGACGGCCCUGUCGUCGCCUACGAGACGCGGCAGCGGUCGCCGCUCUGCCAAUGGUGGGGGAAUGAGUAUCAUGGAUGCAAUAUUCCUGGAUGACGAGACGCCCGAGGAAGAUACCAAAAUCAAGACGGAAGCGGCACAAAUCCUAUCGGGAAUAGGAGGUGUCGUCGCGACCGGUCAUAUCCCGGACUUGGAGAUCAUCAGUGAGUCGACUGUCACUGCAUCUGCAUCUACUACUACCACCGAACCUGUCACUCCCAAAGUUGAGGACUCGAACCCGUCGACGAAUAAUUUUUCGUCCACAUACGGCACCAUCAAGCAUGAAGACCAGGCCAACAGCUUUAUGGGUGACUCGACCGGGGUGGCGUCGUCUAUCGGUUCGAACGGAUGCGGUGCGACUCUGGACCAUGUUGCGAUGGAGGACGAUCCAUUUAGUAUCUCGGGAAUGUAUUUUCCCCAUGGACAUGCAGGCUACGACAUGGAUGAUAUCUAUGGUGGCGCGGCAUGA